CCUCCUGAUGUUUUUACUUUUUACAAUCUCCCACAUUUACUUUCCCUUCGUCAAAGGAAAAUGACUGUUCUUUCCCGCCAAAACCUGCCUGGCCUUCCCUUUCCCUCCUUCCAUUUUUUCCCCUAAACUGUACCCUCCGUCUUCCCUUUUUUACUGCCCACUUUCUUCCCUCCUUCCCAUCUCUCCUCCCGAAGUAGCCAGCUAAAGCUAGAGAGAGAUGAAGGGAGCUUCCAAGGUGAUAAUGGGAGCCACGGUGGCGAUGGUGGUCGGGCUAGGAUUCGUGCUCACCCUAGUUCUGAUGCUCCUAGCUGAGCUCUACUGCAACCUCAUUCUCCGCCGCCGUCAGCACCGCCAGCAGCCGGCGGUUUCCUCCCCUGAUACCACCGCCACCAUCUCCACCUCCCCUCCUUCCAACCUCCUCCACAACCACCACCACUCUACCUCUUACCCUUCUCCACCGCCGACGGCGGUGGGUGUCCUCCAACCUCCGAGAAGCUUCCUCUUCCCCAUCCCCGCAGCCAAAGAAGCCAAGAGACCGAUCUACAGCCGCCGCCGCAACGACGACGAGUCUCGCCACCACCAGCUGAUCCACCACGUCCUCGAGCUCUACGACGGCACCAGCCCGCAGCACAUCGGCCUCCUCCGCACCCCUUCUUCCCCUCCAGAAAUCCGAGAAAUCCCCGCCGACGUCGUUGGCAAGGAGUCCCCUGGCAACGCCGCCGAGCAUUUCAUUUACAUCUCCAAUCCCAUCUACGACAACCGCCGCCCUCCCCUCGCCGUCGCCAAGGCUAACGGCAACGACGACGGUGCCGAUUACAGCAGCGGCAGUGACACCCCGUUCGAAACCCCAGACUCGUCGCCGUCACGCCUGGAGAGCUGCAGCGACGAGGAGAUAACCACCUCCGGCGGGCAGCAGCAAUACUCCUCCGCUGCUCCCGGCGGAAGCUACUAAUACUAUUUCGGGGAGUACUGAUUCCAAUUGUAACAACGGGCUGCUUUCUUCUCCGUCCUCUAUAUGCACAACUUCUCCGUCGUGGUGAUUCGUAGUCAGUUUUAGCUUUUCCCCUUUCUUCGUUUCUUUCUUUCUUUCUUGAUCUCGGUAGUUGUAGUGUGGAUAUAAGCAAAACAUAAACGAAUAAUAAUAAUAGGGGGUAUUAUGGGUAACUCCUAAUUGCUUUUUAAUAUUUUUAGCUCCCUCUGUUUCUUUGUCUUUUAAUCUUUAGAAUAGCUCUGUUUUCUUAUGGGUUUUUGUAAACAUUGGUUAUUUGACCGGUUGCCGUGGUAUUUGUCCAGUUUUGAGGUAAUUUAUGACAAGUCAGAGCUGUAAGUCCACAUACCACAGUUCAGUUGGGCUUAGGGGUGUAAGUUCGGGUCGGGUUCGGUUACCCAAACCCGAAAACUCGAAACCGAAAAUCACUAAAAUCGAACCUGAACCCGAUAAGGAAUUUUCGGGUUUCGGAAUUCCUUAUUGGGUUCGGGUUCGGUUAAAACAAAACCGAAACUCGAACGCCUAAAAAUACGGGCUGAGUUCUAUUCAUUGGAGGUUUUUAGCCGGAAUCCGAAAAACCGAUAAGCAAAACCAAACCCGAAACCGGAAAAUCCAAAACCCGAAACGAACCCGAACCCAAAAAACCGAAAAUGUAUAUAAUUGGGUCGGUUUCGGGUAAACCCCAAAAACCGAACCCGAAUUGUAGUUGGGGUUAAGAGAAGCUUCAGUUUUCCGUAGAUGUCUCCAUUAUCCUUUUUUUAAUUGACCUUGCUCCUGCUCUGUUGCCAUUUGUUUAUGACCAAAAAAAAUAAAAAUAAAGUACAGUCUCCCCAUUGCAGUGUUUAGUUACUAUCCUUGUCUAAGAUAAACGCAACAAUGCACUGACAUCUCUGAUGUUUCUUAAUUCUUAUGGUUGGAUAGUGGAUACACAUAAAUUUGUAUCUGAAAUUAUAUCGAACAAUUUAGUGCAAUACUAUUUGGUGCUAUAUUUAUGGUUUAUUUAUAGCAUAUAGCCAUAUACGUAUGAUAUCGUUGUUAAAAUAAUACUAAAAAAGAUAAUAUAUUUUGCUGAUAUGAUACCGAUCAAAACCAGUUAAUGAAUUGCGAAUAGAUAGAUAAUCCGAUCACUGAUACAAUACGAUAACACAACCAUGGUAUUUGCACUGCAUUCGAGUGCGGAAAUUAAAAUUGAAGCCUAGUUUAGAAAUGAUAAUCCGACCACCAAUAAUUUCAUCAAUCAUCU